AUGAAUAUCGUGAAAGGCAGUAUUCCUGCUGGUGGACGAUUCAGUGUUGUUACGGAUCAAAACGAGAACGCCGUAACUCUUGUUAUGCAGAAGUGCAAGGCGCAUGAUGAUGGCCUUUACACACUGACCGUUGAGAAUAAACAUGGAAAAGAUUCUGCAUCGGUAAAGCUACUUGUCACAUCCGAAGUUGGCCUUGAUUUCCGAUCGAUGUUGAAACACAGGGUAGCAGUUCCAUUUGAUGCUGAGACCAAGCCAAAACCAUCCGCUUGUGAAGAAAAAUGGAAAAGACUUGGGUGA